GAAAGGCAAUGCGUUCUGACAUGUUUAUCAUGGCUUUGGUGGUCUACACCAGUCAGCUUCGCCUUGUAGCUAUGACCACUUCACAGCCAUUAUACAAAUGUCAGAACACAUCGCCUUAUGUAUUAUUGCUUAAAUAUCCAUGAGUCCUCUAUCUCUUGCCAAAAUGCCACGUGCGUCCACUUAUAUUAGUGCAUUCCUAACAACCUAAACAUUACAAAACGUAUAUUUGAUCAAAUAAGCGACACGUAGCAAUUCUUUUUUUGUUGUUGAUCAAAUUCGACACUCUCUCGUUGACCUCCAUACCAAAAGUCCUCUCUUCGUAGACAGAUUUUGUCUCAGUAAAACCUCUCGCUUCGUCUUUUCUUCUCUGAGAUGGGCCAGCCACUUGGACACGCAGUUCGAAAUAGACGUUCCCUCGUGCGUCGCCGCUUGGCUUGAGCUGUCGCUCCUUCUCUUCCUCUCGGGGAUGGUGCGGUGAUUCGGAGCAUGAGCAAUGGGACUGAGCUGACACAGAACCCAAACCCCAAUGCAACGCUGGACUUUCAGAACGCGGAGAAGAAGACACUCGAAAUUUCUCGCAGUUUCAAGGAUGUUCUUCCCAGAUGUGCCUCCAACCAUCAAUUAUGCACUCGUGUUGGGAAUAACGUGUCUGACGGUCUUCUGCAACUUCACCAAAAGUUCCUCUGAGUUUUCAGGUUACCUGUCGAGGAACUACACCGAGCAGGCGGGCGACGGCGACUUCCUGUCGGUCCACUGCCCGCCCCGCACCACCAUCGCUAUCCAAUCGGCUUUCUAUGGCAGGGGUGGCCCCUUCCACCCCCAGCAGGGCCCGUCCUACCACAGACCCACCCUUUUAGGGACACUCCCACUGGAGGAUGACUUGCAUUGUUACAUGUCCACAGCACUACAGAAAAUGUUGGAUGAGUGCCAGGACAGGAGGAGCUGUAAGGUCCUUGUCAACAGUCGUCUCUUUGGGAUGGACCCGUGCCCCAGCAGCAGCAAACACCUCAUUGUGUGGUACAACUGCAGGCCUAAUGAGUAUAAGAGUAAGGUGGCGUGCGAGGAGGAGAGAAUGAAGCUGACCUGUAAACGGGGAAUGCAGAUCGCCGUCUACUCGGCCAUGUUCGGUCGGACCCAGCAGGGUACCCUGGAGUGUCCUACCCACCACAGGAGGGCGUCGUCCGAAGACUGCCAGUCGGGCGUGGCUCUCCAGGUGUUGACGACACGUUGUCAGGGGAAACAGAGCUGUUUCGUCCAAGCGUCCACGCAAGCGUUUGGGGACCCCUGCUACUCGGGCACCAGGAAAUAUCUCAGUGCCAUCUACGCAUGUGUCCCAAAGAAGUUGCUGCUGCAGGAGCCCAACCCCAGAGUGGCAGUGUACCCCCCGUCACCCAGUGCCCAUGACCCAAACGUGGUCGGAGACAGCGCCCUCCUGAUGGGACCUCGGUCAUAA